AUUCUGAACCAUUGAUUUACAUAAGGUGGGCCCAAUUCUCUGCAAUCAGGUAAUCCCUUGUUUCUUCUUCCUCUCCUCAGCCAGGGCCGGCCCUGGCCCAAGGGGACCAAGGCGGUGGCCUUGGUCCUCAGAUUUUAGAGGGCCUCAAAUUUUGAGGCCCAUAGGGGAUGAAAAAAAAAAAUAAAAAUAAGUUAGGGCAAGUUUCAGACGACAAUCUGCUUCGACACUCAGCAGGGCGCAGCCUCCGCUAUCGCCUCAGGUGACAAGGUACUUUUUUUUUUCCUCUCCCUAAGUCCACUCCAAUCUCACAACAGCAGCAGCCAUACCCUUUUCCUCAUAAUUUUAUGCAUUUUCACAUUCAAUCCCACGAAAAUUAAGGAUCCCUUCUAGUGGGUUGAGUUUGUGAAGGGUUAGGAAAAUUAAAAAUGUUACAGUUGAUGCUUGCUUGCUGCAAGGUCUACAUAUCUGAAAGCCGGAACAGGGUUGCACUCGAGUCAAUUGAACGAGCUGCCAAGCUAUUUCGAGAAGCUGCUAUUAUCAAUAAAUUUGAAGAUGAGACUUACAAUAGAGUGGGAUACACCCUUGUUUCUAAGUUGGCUCCAAAGCCAUCUACGGAUUCAUGUCCCUUAAGGAGUGCUGUGCUUGCCAUGGUCAAAGCAUCUUUUGAAGCCAUUGAUCUUGAGUUGCAUCGCGGAAGUCAUCCACGGCUUGGCGUUGUGGACCACAUUUGUUUUCACCCCUUAGCUCAUACACCUCUGGACCAAAUUGCUGGGAUUGCCAAGUCUUUGGCGGCUGACAUUGGCUCCACUCUUCAAGUCCCGACCUUUUUAUAUGGAGCAGCCCAUGAAGAAGGAAGAACACUGGAUUCAAUCAGAAGAGAGUUAGGGUACUUCAAGCCUAAUCUUAGUGGGAACCAGUGGGCAGGUGGGCCAAGAUCAGUGUGCUUGCCACUGAAGCCAGACAAGGGUCCAGUUCAAGCGGUUCAAGGAAAAGGUGUCGUUGUAAUUGGAGCAACACGGUGGGUCGAUAACUACAACAUCCCGGUCUUCUCCACUGAUAUUGCUGCUGUUCGGAGAAUUGCAAAGAGGGUAAGUGGGAGAGGAGGUGGACUCCCAACUGUGCAAGCCAUGGCACUUGUUCAUGGUGAAGAUGUCAUUGAGGUUGCUUGUAAUUUGUUGGAACCAAGUAGAGUUGGAGGGGAUCAAGUUCAACUUGAAGUUGAGCGGCUUGCACAGGAAGAGGAUUUGACAUUGGGGAAGGGAUAUUUUACCGAUCUUCCACAGGAAAAAAUAAUUGAUAGUUACUUGAAGUUGGAUUACAAGUCUUGAGUAGAAAAUUGACAUGCCCUGUUCCAUGAGUAAACGUUUGAAAAGAAGUUUAUUCUAGUUGAGAGGUAAAUUUCUGAUCUUGUAUUUUAGUAGUUUUACAUAUGAAUGCAAUCACAAUGUUUUCCUAUCCAUUUUUAUGAAUAAGAAGUUGAAAUGUGGGCUUGCAUUUAGAACUCUA